CCGAAAAUUUGAUAGUCAUUAAAAACAAAAGUUUGCAAUAACAUGUUUACUAUUUUGAUACAUCUCAAAGAACACAGUCAUUCAAUUGGCAACACAUGAUGCGGUCUAGUGUUCUUAAACUUGUGAGGUGUUUUUACACUGUUUUAUUGUGUCACUGUGUGUCACAUUGACAUUGUCAUUGUUGAACAUUGUAUGAUUGUUCAUUUCCGUGUUUUAUUUGGAGGGUUUCAUCAUUUGAGUUGUUAGAAGUGAAAAAACCCCAAACCCAAAACAACAACAAACAAUAAUAACAAUAAACAAAAAGUAAACACACAGAUUAUAACUAAAUUAGCUGUUACCACAUGUAGGAUUGUGUAUUUUGGUAAAAUAUAAUUUGAUGAAGCAUUGAAAGUGUGAUGGCUCCCAGCAGGCCCUCAAAAGACGGGGAGACAAAUUCUGCAAGAGUUCUUGCUAACAGAUAUGAAGUUGUCAAAAAGCUUGGAAGUGGAAAUUUUGGAACAGCAUUUUUGUGCAAAGAUCUGAAAAAUAAUGAGGAACUGAAAGUUUUGAAGGAAAUUUCUGUUGGUGACCUCCAACCUGAUGAAACGGUUGAUGCCAUGCACGAAGCCAGACUGCUGUCUAAACUCGACCACCCCAGUAUUGUCAAGUUUCACGACAGUUUUAUUGAUGGAGAGUUUUUUUGUAUUAUUACAGAAUACUGCGAGGGUGGAGACCUAGACCACAAGAUAACUCAAAAUAGAAAAAACAAGACCAGCUUUGAUGAGAAGACUGUGGUGGACUGGCUAGUACAGCUGGUGUUAGCCGUUCAUUACAUGCACAGUCGUCGAGUCCUGCACAGAGAUCUAAAAACCAGAAAUAUCUUCUUAAAGAACAACAUGAUAAAGAUAGGUGAUUUUGGAAUAUCACGCAUCUUGAUGGGUACAACAGACAUGGCAUCUACAUUUACUGGUACUCCAUAUUACAUGAGCCCUGAGGUGUUAAAACAUGAAGGAUACAACUCCAAGUCAGAUGUUUGGUCUAUUGGAUGUAUUCUGUUUGAAGUUUGUGCCUUAGAUCAUGCCUUCUUUGGUCAGAGCUUAAUGGCUGUCAUGUAUAAAAUAGUGGAGGGAGACCCUCCUGACCUGCCAAGUACAUAUUCCAAGGAACUUAAUAAUGUUUUUAAAAAAAUGUUGGUCAAGGAUCCUUACGAAAGACCAUCAGCUACAGAAAUCACAAAACUGCCUUUCAUUGCCGCUCAUAUAGCAAAAAUGUCUCAAGAACAUCGUUCUAAGCAUAACCAUGACCAACAAAAAGCUGAUCAGGAGGCAGACGAAAUUGCCAACUUUCUGCGUGAGAAGAGUCAUUUAGCUGAUCUUCGUAGAGCGGAGGAGACGAAGCCCACCAGGACGAGACAGAUGACGGCCCGUGAGAGGAUGCGCCUGCGGAAGUUGCAGGAGGCAGACCAGAAAGCAGAGCGGCUAAAGCAACAAGCAAAAAUACAACUGAUUGAGAACAAGGAGCGAACAAGUGCCAUCAAAGAAAGCCUAAAUAAAACCACAGUCCCAAUCUGGGCAUUUGGCAAGGGAGAGGGAGAACGUGUAAGGGAAGCACUGACAAUCAAGCCACAGAAGUUAAACGGGAGAAGAGAUCACAUUGACCCAUAUAAAGCAAAAGUCCUGGCAGCUGGACAGGAUUCUAGUGAUUACGAUGAUGAUGAAGACAUUGAGUUUAACACAGUGAUCGACCGGUCGACCCUCACCUCCUCUACGCUCAGUCCUUACAGCAAACUCCUUGACCCCGUGGACCGGCCCAUAACUCCAAUGAAAGACACAAUGGUAUACGAUCCCAGGAACUCAUCUUUAGACUUUAAAGAUGGUAUACCUGAUCAACCUGAGCUUGCUGAAACCUACUACUCACAGUUUGAAUUUGACCCUGAUGAUGAGGGGAGUGGUGAUGAUGAUGGCGAUGAUGAUGUGGUAAACAGCGAUGAGGGAACACUUGUCGCUGGGGACGACGAAGAGGAUUUUAUCAAGUGUUUGCAGGGAGCCUUGGACAAAAGUGAUGGAGCAGGAACCGUAACAUUAGCAGAUGACACAAUAUCCGGUGCCUUUGGUUCUGUAGCACGAGAUGUGAAAAUAAAAAAGCUUCGAGCUGAAUGUGAGAAAAUGCUGACGGUUCCAGUGUUUGAAAAGGCGUAUGAAUACCUCAAGAAUGCACGAUAUGGAAAAGACAAAGAUGGCUGCAAUGAAAAGGAAAUUAUGGAUGGGCUGCGGAAGUUUGUCAAAAAUCCAUCUGACUGUUUUCCUAUCGAUCAACUGCUAUUUCUAGAGGAACAAGUCGAGAUCUCAAAAAAGAGUUAAAAAUAAUUAAUACAUUAGACAUUUUCUUGUUACAAUUUUUUUUUAUUGGUAUUAAUUUAUUUUCUCUUCUGCUGUAUGUCAGAAUUUAUUUUUACCAAAAAUAUUUUCUACAGUACUUUUGUCUAAUGCUCCAAGUGACAAAAGUAUAUUAAAUUUAUAUUGGUUUGUCCAGAGACUGAAUUACAAAAUAUUAGAGUAUAAAACAAUAUGGAAGCAGUAGUCUUUAGCCAGUUUUUAAUGGCAACAGGUGCAAAACUACAUUGUUAUGAAAUUUGUAUCUUUUUAUUUUGAAACUAUUGGAUGUUCCAUUUAAAGAGUAACGAAGAAUGGAUAAAUUUAUACAUUAUGUUGAUGGGUAACAAGAAUAGACAAAUUAUUUUAAGAACUAUUGAUAUGAAUGGAACAUCCUAUAGUUUAUAUUAUAUUUGACAGGUUCAGAAAUGACAGAUGUUAUUCUAUGUUUGUAUGUCAAUAUGCAGCUAUGCAUUUACAGUUGUGUGCAGGUAUACAUGACAUUAGAUAUUGAAAACAGAAUUACUUGCAUUCUUAGUGAAGUAAUUGUGUGGUAAUAUAUGAACAAGAUAACUCCAAGGAGAAAAAUGUGAAAUAUUUUUAUGUUUGUACAAUAUAUUAAAUGAGAAAUUAGUUUUUAUCUGUGGCUGGUCCUGCCAAUAUGGUCCUGGGGCCUAAAUCACUAAAGUCGCACAAUUUUGCGAUCUUGCAGUGCAGUGGAAAAAGACUUGAAAGGACGAUGCAAUAUUGCUUAAGAGAUCUUAGGAGAGCCUUGUGAAUUAGGGUCGUGUUCUACUGGUACUGAUUCUCGGUCUGAUUCAGACAACCUGAGGCUUUGUUCAUGCAACUCAGUGAAUGCAAUGCAAGAUCUAGUCUAGGACUUUUCAAAUAAUAGAUGGAGAGUCAAAAUAUUUUGGACUGUUCACAAAAGAGAUGGAGAGUCAAAAUAUUUUGGACUGUUCACAAAAGAGAUGGAGAGUCAAAUAUUUUGGACUGUUCACAAAAGAGAUGGUGAGUUAAAAUAUUUUGUUAUUUGAGGCAGUGUUUCACAACAUUUUUGAAAUGCAAAUUUGUUGACUACUUUUCUAAACUGAUGUGGACCAAUUUUAAAAUUCCGUCCAUUUUUAUAAGUCAUAUUAUGCUAGAUUUGUUUUUAUUAAUCCUGUGAACCUACAUAGACUCUGCUUCAGGUAAGCAUCAGGUAGGACUGGAGAUUAAAGCCACUGGCCCUAGUUCCUACAAAGAGUAAACUAGUUUUAUAUAUUCCAGUUGUUAUUUUGCCGUAAUACUUACAACUUUUAAUUACAGUACCGUAAACUGAGACAAAAAUGUCAAUGACCAUUUGGUCAGUAUGUGCACCACAAUUCACUGUGCACAUUUCAGACAUCUCUACACAAUUUUAAAAUAAUAAAUAGUAGCUACUAAUCAAUUUUCAAAACCAAAUAUUCCCUGAAUAUAAAUUUUGCAUUAUUCAUACCCAAACUCAAGACAUAAAAUUUAUAUGCAUUCAUCAUUUUCAUUGCAGAUAUGCAUAGAAUACACCAAUAGUUGUUUGCGAAAUUUAGAUGCUGUGAACAUACAUGUUUUAAAAAAGAAACCAUGUUGCAAUAUUAAGUUAGGCCUACAGAAAUCAAUUUUAAUAAAUCUAAUGUGUUUUUGGUCAUCCUAAUGUUUGUAGCAGAUCAAAAUGCAUUGUACCUUGGAAUUAGGGUUAGGAACACUCAUUUAGGCCAUCCUUCAAAACAUUUAACCUGCAAGGCUGUGCCUUAUUGGAAGGGAAACAUCCAAACAAGUACAUGUACAUUAAAGUUUUAACUGACAAUUUACAAAAAAACUUUUUGUCUUGCUGUUGAAAACCCUGUUACUGCAUCCUGAUUCUUUUUUCACUAACCCCGAAUUACUUUAAGCUUUACCUGUUUACUGUAACUUGACCAGCUCACCUUUUUCAAAAGUAAUUUCUUUUUGUGUUUUUUUUUUAAUAAUGAUACUAUAAAUUCAAAAACAAAUUUAACAAAGAGAAUAUCAUCUGACUCUCUGCUAUACUAGUGGCCUAAUAUUUUUUAAAGAUGGCCUUAUUAAAAAUUUGUUUUGCAUAUUUACUUCUUUCUCAUCAUUAACAAUCAUUAUUAUAAUAGUAGUACCUAGUACCUACACUAUGCGGAAGUAUCUUGUUAAUGAUUGUCACCCUGCUGUUUUUACAAGUUGUCAAAGGUGGAGUGAAAACUAUUUAAAUGUCUUUAGAAGUGAACAAGAUAUUUUGCUCAAUGUUUUGAUUAUUUCAUUGCUCAAGGUUAUUCUGCAAUAGUAUGGUUAGUGUGUGCUGUUAGGAAAUAUUGAUAAAAACGAAGCUCUGUAGUGGUUUGAGGGUUCAAUUCUUACACAUUACAGUUAUUUAUUUUUAAUUACAAGGAAUGCAACAAGAUGACAGCAGUUGGGGUGGAGGGGAGGGGUAACUAUAUAUUAAUUAGUCUUUCAGCAGUGCCCCUCAUCCCCCCACUUCUGACACCUAUGUUAAAUAUAUUUAUUAUUCCGGUCUAAAACAGGAAAUGGUUUCUGUUUUAGCCAAUUUUAGAAAUUUGAAAUAUAUUUUUAUAAAAUUAUUUAUGUGAGUAAUAUUUGAAUUUUGGAUUAUUUAAAUACAGUUGUUUUACUCAGUGUGUACAAAAUGAGCAACUGAUUAAUUUGUCUAUUGAUGGGGUGGAGUCUACUAAUAUAAAUAUGAUUCCGCAGUGACAUUUACUGUGUAACUUGGUUUGACCGGUAGUCAUGGCAGUUGUUGAUCUUUACUCAUGCUGAGUUAACGUUAUUAAAAAAAAUUAAUGUUUAAUUCUUAAAGGUUGGAAAUAAAACUUAUGUUAUUAAAAUCUAUUUUACAUUCUUUUUUAGUAAUGAAGUUAUAAAAAUUGUAUCUUAUAUUCUAAAAAUAUAUUAAACUAGAUGAAUAUGUAUUUAUAUUCACAAAAAAACAGUCAUGACACAAAAUAUACUUAUUGAAAUGGGGAAGUAAGAACUCUUUGAAACAGAACUUGCCUGAAAUGUGUUGUUUCUUUCUUAUAAAAUCUUUUACUAUUUUUUUUCUAAUUUCCCUACAACAGACUACAUUUUUUUUUUAUUGUUGGCAUGUUUGUGCACACAAAUAAUUACAAAUACAUUUUUAUCAUUCCAAACCAUAUGGAUUGAUUUCAUUCCAAAACCAUGUUAUAAAGAUAUUUGUCCAGUGAUUAUUGUUCUGUAUUUUAAAAUGUGUGUAUUGUUUAUGCCAUUUUGUACUCGAAUAUGAUUUUGUUUGAAAAGCUGUAUUAAUUGUUUUAUUCAUGCUUGAUUUUGUUUUGACCCAUUCUAACCCAUGCAGCAUGACUGAUAAAUUAAAAGUUGUGGUAGGCACUGACCUGCUUGUGGGAAGAUGCAUGUAAAAUAUAUGUUGCUGCUGGUGCGAAAAAGCACCAUCUGUUAUUGAGGCCUUACACUGGCAAUGAUUUUACUUUAAAAGUCUGCAAUACCUUGUGCAAAAUGCUAGUAACUAAUCGAGCAGUUUGCACAAGGUUCCUUUAAGGGUGAGCUCGGGUUAGUUUGUGCCUGUAUACAUUGUAUUAUAGGAUGAACUGUCUCAUAUAUUCAGAGGUCAUUUUCAUUCUGCGAGAAAGAAUAUAUUUAUAUGAAAUGUGAUAAAUCGACAGUGUGAUCAUGAAAUGGGACUUGAUUUGUAGCUGGUGCAACCCAUCCUGUAUUUGUUCCAAAUUGUGUAAAUUUUGAGUGAAUGUUUUUGUGAUUUCUUUUCUGAAUUCCUUUUCCUGGCUGCAGGGCCUAUUUUUGUUUUGCCUUUAUGAAGUAAAAAGGUGAGAUACAGAUAUUACAUUUCUAACGGUGACAGAGGCAUUGGCAUAAAAUUUUGCAUUAAAGUUUAAUGUUAAAACUUUGAUGUUUACACCAGUUUUUCAAAAACUAUAAGUCUUAGGUCAAUGAAACUUGGUUUAUAGUUUACGGGUGUUUAUUACAGUGCACUGAAAAGGUUUGUGGUAGGUGAGACAUUUAAUUCUGUUGAAUUCUUGUGAUAAUGCUGAAGUCAUUACUCAGCAUUUAGGCAGCUGCCAACUUAUGUCCUUUGUCCUUUGUGAUUAUGUGAGGUUGCAGGUGAUAAGAUAUGCCUAAAGAACGAUGAGGGUUAUGUAGGUCAAGUUCUCAUAGUGGGACGUAGCUCAGUGGUAGAGCACUUGCCUGAGGUGUGAUGGGUCAGACGAUUGAUUGCCCUCAGUGGACUCCUGUCUUAACCAGCACCUUACAACUGGUACAUCAAAAGCUAUGGUAUGUGCUGUCCUGUCUAUGGGAUAAUGAGUAGCCUAUGUAUUCGCAGUGAGUGCUUUAUCUCAUUCUCUAGAUCUAAUGUCAAAGAAAAAACCCAAACAGAUAUAAUUUAAAAAGUGCUGAGGUGUUAUUGAAACAAACAUUCCUUUCUUCUGUACACAAAUGUUCAGGCCUGCAGGAAAGAUAUGUGAUGGGUGUGUGUGCGUUGGGGUACAUGCCCAAAUGUAUGUGUGUGUGUGUGUGUGGCAUAUUUGUUUAUAUAUAGUUGGAUGAAAAAAAGACAAUAUUUUGACUCUAACAAUUGCCACGCACGCACGCAUGCACGCACACACACACUCACACUCACACUGGAUCCUAUAGGUCUACGGCCCAUGUUACACAACGAUCUUAUUGCUAAGAUAACCUUAAAUGCAUAAUUCCUUCAUUCACUUAAAGUGAUCUUAGUGGUGUGAUCGCUUCAGGGUUUCAGAUGUAUGUAUUCUUUGUGAAAGGUGGACAUUGCCACUUUUAAGGUGUUUUUAGUAUGAGCCUGCAAGUGAUUAAGGAAUAUAUAAUUAUAUUUUCUAGACUGAAAUACUGUUGGACUUUGGUUUUUAGACCGUCCAGUUAUAUACCUUGAUGCCUGUGAUAUAACUUAUUUAAUUAAUAUGAAUUAUUUUGUGUGGCUUGUUUUUUCAGUCAAUACAUAUAGACAUAUCAGUAUUCAUUUGGUGUGUUUUUUUCUUUUGAACUAAACCAGGUUGUGGGAUUUCUUUAAUAGUUUCUACAUUGCAGUGAUGUACAUAAAUUAUGUAAUAAGAGACCAUCUGUGCAGGGAAACCAGAGGGUUUUGGGGUUUUUUGGUAGAAGGGUGUGUGUGCUGUGACACCCAUUUCUCUAGUUUUAAAAUGAUAAAACUGUUCAUUUAAUAUUAGGUGUGUGUACAGGAGGGUGGGGGUUGGGGUGGCAGGUGGUUGAGGGUCAAAACCCCUCCCUGCUCAAGUAAAUUUAUCUUUUUUUCAAUGUAUUUCUGGGAGGACAUGACCUGAUUUCCCUUCAUAAUUGAUACAUAUUUAAAAUAUAUCUUUAUAUAAAAACACUGCCUUCUUUAUUUGACAGUCUUAACUACUAAUACCCUAUCUUCCUUACCUACCAAAGUCAUGUAUUUCACAAUAUUUAUUAACUGAUUGUGAAUGUAAAGGCUUUUAAUUUAGUCCCAACCCCUUACCCAUUACAAACUUCUUUUUUAAUGCAUUUAUUUAUUUAUUAUUAUUAAACACAUUUUUUAUCCCACUGCCACCUUCCUUUCUCUCCUGUGAAUUCCAUCUCAUUUCUUCCCAAUAAUGCAAUCAUCCUAUCUUUCAACUUCUUUCACUGUCCACCUCUACAUCCCAGUCCUUGUCUCCAGCUGCCCGUCUCAUGCCACACAUCUGACAUUUCCCAUCCUCUUUAGCUGUGGGCUUAGUGUAACCAGUUGAAAACUUUAUACCUGUGUCAACUCAUAGCUCCUUUCUCACUCCACCACUGGUCAAAUACAGAACCUUUUAAUAGUACAUAUUGUGAAGAUAUUUAUGUUACAAAUUAUGUUGUAUUAGAGAUUGCGAUUUAUCCAUCUCAGAAUCAUAAACAACUGCUGUUCAAGAUGGUUACAUCUUGACUUGAUUUCAUUAAUCUUUAUAUGCAAAUGAACAUUUUGUAUUUUGACAUUGGUGUGUUGUUUCCCACUCUUGGGUUGGAGGAUAAAAAUAACAACAGAUUAAUGAUGUAGAAUAUCGGCUAAUAAUCUAUCAAUGACAAAUGUGGGAUUCCUCAUUCUUACUAAAACUGGGCGGUAUACAGUGUGUACUGUUCGGUAUCAAUAUCAUGUCAGUACCAAUUUACCGUACCGAACAAAUUUCAAAAUCCUGAAAUUUUGGUAUUGAAAAAUGUUUCCUGCCAUUUAUUAAAGCACUAACAAUAUAUUUGACAAAUGCAAAAUGUGUUGGUAUAAAUCAGACGAGAGCCUUGUGUGUGGAAUUUUAUUUUAUUUAAAUGAAAUUAGCUAGUGAGCCUUAACUCGGGCAUGCAUUUAAAGCCGAGUAUACUGAAAAUACAGCUUGAUGCCGGUAUCAGUAUUGGUAUUGUGUCAAUACCGAGUACCGUACUGAUGCCGAGGUAAAUCACCCCCAAAAUACCGAUACCAAUGCCGAACCUCAAAUUUCAAUACUGCCCAGCUCUAAUUCUUACCUCAAAGAUAAAUCCAAUAAUCCACAUCAUUAACAUGUUAUCCUUUAUUUAAACAAGGAUUUGCCAGCCAAUUCUAUAUAAUAUCUAUAUAUGUAUUUUAAAUAAUAUUUACAAAAACGUAUAAAUAUCUGCUAGUUCACCUAGUUUGAAAAUGGUGUGCUAGGUCGGAGAAAUUCAGGAGACCAGUUUUAGUAUAAGGAGGGAGGUGGGUUUGUCAGUAAAUGAUGUGUAUAUGUAUGUAUAUAUAUAUAUAUGUAUGUACGCAUGUACGCAUGUAUGUAUGCAUGCAUGUAUGUAUGUAUGUAUGUAUGUGUAUAUAUAUAUAAGGGAAGUAUGUGUAUAUGAAUAUAAGGGAAGUAGAGUUGAUCCAGGAGGAUGAACCUCUGCCAUGGGAAAAUGAGGUUAUUUCAGUGUUUUACCGUAAUGAGUUGGUAGGUGAAAUUUCACUGUUAAAUUUUGACCCUUUUUUUUCUUCUUCUUUUUAAGAAUGUUGUUGUUUGGUAGCAUAUGAGUGUGGUGGGAUAGAUACCCCCGACAAUGUGCCACCCACAUCUUGCUCACUUGUACUUGUCGACUGUCCUCCUGCAAUGGACUGCGAAACAUGCCAUAUUUAUUUACUACAUGGAAUACCUUUCUGUGUGAAACGUUUUACUACAUUUAUGUAGAAUGUUUUGAUAUUCAGAAAGCUAUACCACAGGCUUCAGAAGCAGUCAGCAACUGUGGUGGCGAUGUAUGUUAUUAAUCUGCCUUUCAACUGGGGGUUAAGGCAACCCUUAUUCUGACCUUUUCAGCUUCAGAGUUUGGUGGGAAGGGAAGGGGAGAAGAGAGACACUGUCCCAACGGCCCCAUACUUCUAAUGCCUGUUUACUAUUUAGAAUAUUUAGCUUCAGAAUUUUGUUAUUUGCUUGUCGGUAUUGAGCUAUGUAAUAAUAAUAUACUGAAGAAUAGCAAGAAAGAUACAUGUAUAUUAAUAUGUGUGUGUGUGUUUAAACAGAGUUUGUGACUAUGUUAUUGUUAUAACAAACCAAUAUUUGUAAAUAAAAUAGUAUUACAAUUGUGAAA